GUUUAAGAUGCCGGAUAAUUCGAUACCAAAGGAGGCGGCUUACCAGAUCAUAAACGACGAGCUAAUGCUGGACGGGAACCCGAGGCUGAACUUGGCUUCGUUUGUGACGACGUGGAUGGAGCCAGAAUGUGACAAGCUCAUCAUGGACGCCAUUAACAAGAACUAUGUGGACAUGGAUGAGUACCCUCAGAACCGUUGCGUCAACAUGAUUGCCCACCUCUUCAAUGCGCCACUCGGCGACGAUGAGGCGGCGGUCGGCGUCGGCACGGUUGGCUCGUCGGAGGCCAUAAUGCUUGCGGGCCUCGCCUUCAAGAGGAAGUGGCAAAACAAGAUGAAGGCACUCGGGAAGCCCUACGACAAGCCAAACAUCGUGACGGGAGCCAAUGUUCAGGUCUGCUGGGAGAAGUUUGCCCGAUACUUUGAGGUCGAGCUCAAGGAGGUGAAGCUCAGGGAUGGGUACUACGUGAUGGACCCAGAGAAGGCGGUUGAGAUGGUGGACGAGAACACUAUAUGUGUGGCCGCCAUUCUCGGGUCCACACUUAACGGCGAGUUUGAGGACGUUAAGCGCCUCAACGACCUCCUGGUCGAGAAGAACAACGAAACAGGGUGGGACACGCCGAUUCAUGUGGACGCCGCUAGUGGUGGGUUCAUUGCGCCAUUUUUGUACCCUGAGUUGGAGUGGGACUUUAGGUUGCCGUUGGUGAAGAGUAUCAAUGUGAGUGGGCAUAAGUACGGGCUUGUGUACGCGGGUAUCGGGUGGGUCAUCUGGAGGAGCAAGGAGGAUUUGCCCGAAGAACUCGUUUUCCACAUCAACUAUCUCGGAGCCGAUCAACCCACUUUCACUCUCAAUUUCUCCAAAGGUUCUAGCCAAGUCAUCGCGCAAUACUAUCAACUCAUUCGCUUAGGCCACGAGGGCUACCGGAACAUCAUGGAGAACUGUCAAGAAAACGCGAUGGUCCUCAAGGCGGGGCUCGAGAGGACCGGGAGGUUCAACAUCGUGUCCAAGGACCACGGGGUCCCGCUCGUGGCCUUUAGCCUCAAGGACAACUCACGCCACAACGAGUUUGAGAUAUCGGACAUGCUUCGGAGGUUCGGGUGGAUCGUGCCCGCUUACACCAUGCCCCCGGAUGCACAACACGUCACGGUAUUAAGGGUCGUAAUAAGAGAAGAUUUCUCACGGACCCUUGCGGAGAGGCUCGUCAUGGACAUUGAGAAGGUGAUGCACGAGCUCGACUCCAUGCCGUCGAGGGUUCCACAGGAGAGCUGCCCACCACACCCUGUGGUCGUGAAGAAGUCGGGGAUAGAAGUGCAGAGGGAGGUCAUGGCGACUUGGAUCAAGUUCGUAGCCGAUAAGAAGAAGACCAAUGGGGUGUGCUAG